GGGCGGUACGGCGACCUUCUUGGUGCCGGGGCGGUGAAGAAGGUGUACAGGGCGUUCGACUAGGCGGGGGGAUCGAGGUGGCGUGGAACCAGGUGCGGUUCCGGAGCUUCAGCGAGGACCGAGCGAUGACGGACCGGCUCUUCGCCUCGGUCCGGCUCUUCCGGGAGCUUCGGCGCGAGAACAUCAUCGCGCUGUACCGGGUGUGGUUGGACUCCGAGUGCAGCACCCUCAACUUCAUCACCGAGGUCUGCACCUCCGGCGGCCUCCGCGAGUACCGGAAGUGCCACCGCCACGUCUCCCUCAAGGCUCUCAAGAAGUGGUCCCGCCAGAUCCUCAUGGGGGGGAUCUUUGCCAAGGAAGUUCAUUUUAGAAGGCUCAUUCCCUUUGCUUGCCUUUUGUGCAUACUUCUCCAUAAAUAAAUUUGGUCGGGUUUAUCGCCUCCCUUUCAAUCAAGAGAGAGAGAGAGAGAGAGAGCAGUCUUUGGAGCACACAAAGCCGCUGAAACUAUAGCCGAGCCUCUUCAAUUAAGAGAGAGAGAGAUAGCAGUCCUUGGAGCACACAAAGCUAUCGAAAUUAUGGCCGAGGAGAGCAUGACUAGCACAACAGCACAAGCAGAUUUCGAUCUUAAAGUUCCUUCGGGAGAAGUUCUGCCCUUUCGCAUAGCCAUGAAUCCUUUAUUGCUCAAAUCAGCAAGAUUAGGAGACAAAAGAAUUCUGAAUGAGUUACUACGACAAGGAGAUUUUUCUUUUGAAGCUUCAGUAGGGAAGAUCGCAAUAACAGUACGAGAGGAAGCUCCAACACAAGAAGAUGCCCGUUGCCUCCUUGGAGUUACACUGGAGGGGAACACGGCCCUCCAUAUAGUUGCUAGCCGAGGACAUCUUGAGAUUGCCAAGGAGAUCUGCCGUAGAGAGAUCUCUCUUUUGGCAGCACCAAACACGAGGCUCGACACUCCAUUACAUUGCGCUGCAAGGGCUGGGUAUGACGAGAUUGUCUCCCUCAUCAUCCAGUCUGCAAGGGAGGGCGAGAUCGAAGAAAGGAGAGUGCUGAGGGCGAGGAACAGGGAUGAGGCAAAUGCUUUGCACGAGGCCGCCAAAUAUAACCAUGCAAGCGUGGCCGAAGUACUGAUGGACGCGGAUGCCAGACUGCCACCCAUGCCGAACGAUGACAGACUGGCAUCCAUGCUGAACGACGCUGGCAUGUCUCCGCUCUAUCUGGCCAUCGCGACAGGAUCUCUCAAUGUAGCCAAAGCCUUGCUACGAUCUUCCUCCUGGGACUGGGAGAAUUCUUCUCUAGAAUCUUAUGCGGGCCCUAACAAGAAAACGGCGUUGCAUGCAGCUGUUCUCCUGAGUCGAGAAAUUACACGAGUCUUAUUGGAUCGGAAGCCCAUGCUCGCCAAAGGUGUCGAUUCUUCUGGGGGAAUUCCUCUUCAUUAUGCGGCUUUAGAUGGUCAUCAUGAUACGGUGAAGCUAUUAUUAAAGCGCGAUCCCUCUACAGCCUACCAACCAGAUGCCAAUGGCUCAUUUCCCAUACACAUGGCAGCUAGAAGGGGAAAUGUUCGUAUACUUAAUCAGAUUUUAGAACAGUGCCCGGAUACAGAUGAAUUAUUAGACAAGGAGGGAAAGAAUUUUCUUCACGUCGCUUUCAAAAGGGGAAACUUGGAUGCGGUCAAGAAAAUUAUCUCCAAGAGACCGGAUCUCAGGAAGCUGUUAAAUGACCAGGAUAACGAGGGAAACACGCCGUUACACACGGCUGUUAAAAACAGCGACCAAUGGAGCAUGUAUUUUCUUCUGAGGGACGAAACCGUAUGCGUCAACGUUGUCAACCACGACGGCUUCACCCUGCUCGACUUGGCUUACGGAAUGAUGGAUGAAGGCCAGCUGCAAUUCUGGACGAAUUCAAAAUUCUGCAUUGCCAGCUGCUUGGCUUUAACAAAGGCUCUGCCCAGUCCACGAGAAUUGCAUGAUUUAGAGAGCGGUAAAUUAUCCAGUGAUGAGGCCAAAGAGAAACUGUCCGGCGAUGAUAAGUUCAAAAAAAAAUCAUCCAACAUCGAGGGCAACGUAAUCGGGCGACAGAUAGAAUUAGCCAAAAAUAUCGGGAUUGUUACGGUGUUGAUUGCUACGGUGACAUUUGCUGCUGCUUUCACCGUCCCUGGGGGGUACAUAGCUGAUGAUCAUCCAGGCCGUGGCACAGCAGUUCUAGCAAAAGAGUAUGCCUUCAAUGUAUUCCUAGUCUCAGAUGCCGCCGCGAUGGUCUCCUCCAUCUUAGCCACAUUCUGGCUCAUCCUUGCAGUAAUAUGGACAAUUGAUACACGUCAUCGCCUAGAAAUCCUUGGCAGGGCUCUAGUUUGUCUAUGGGUGGCAUUUGCGGGCAUGUCCACUGCAUUCGCGAUGGGUAUAUAUGUAGUGUUGCCUCUCAACCACAACGGUAUCGGCGUUUUUUUAUGCGUCUUUGCUGGCGUAGUCCCUAUUCCUGAAAACAGUAAUAAUCAGGCAAGGGUAUAGACAAUGCAUCUGGCCAACCACACACCUGCAUGAUAAGAAACAUUCUGAUCCUUAUUGGCUGAUCGGUGCACAUCUCAUUGGUUUUCUGGUUAUGACAGUCGGCCCUAAUGCUCUCUUUUUCCUGUUAGCAGCAGCACUUUAGCAUCGGUGGCCGAUAGAAUGUCCAAAGAUAGAUUGUGCAUUGCAUUGGGAGUAAUAUUUUAAUUAUUUUUUAUUUUUCACAUGUAAAAUUUUCUCUCUAUGCUAAAAAUAUUGGCUUUUAUGGACGUGGCAAUAAAAUGUUUGCUCCUUUGCUCUCUUGUAAA